AUGAGAGAAGAAGGGAUAAUCGAGAAAGUUGAGGGAGCAACGCCUUGGUUAUCACCGUUGAUAGCCAUCCCAAAGAAGAGUGGGGACCUCCGACUAGUGUUAGACAUGCGUAUACCUAACACAGCACUUGUAAGACGGCGCGUACAAAUUCCUACAGUCAACGAGAUACUUCAAAAGAUGGAGGGAGCAAAAGUCUUUACAGAGGUUGACCUGUCGCAAGGUUAUCUUCAACUGACCUUGGCAGAGGAAUCCCGUCAUAUUACAGCAUUUUCAACUCCUGAAGAUGGUCCGCAUAGAUUCACCAGGCUGAUAAUGGGAGCAUCACCAUCCGGAGAACACUUUCAUGAGAUUAUCCACGAGCUCAUCAAAGAGGUACCAGAUUGUGCCAACAUCUCUGAUAACAUUUGGCUAUGGUCCAAAGACAGAGAAACACACCUCAAGCGGCUAGACCAGCUCCUCACAAUCCUGAGAACCAAUGGCAUCACACUGAAACUACCAAAGUGUUCGUUCGCAGUACCGCAGAUAAACGUGUUUGGUCAUAUCGUGUCCGAGAAAGGGAUCAGACCAGAUAGCACCAAAGUCGAAGCCAUAACAAAUGCUCCACAUCCUACCACAGCAUCGGAAGUCAGAUCCUUCCUAGGCCUCACCAAUUAUUGUUCGAGAUAUAUACCCGACUACAGCAGCCUAACCUUCCCACUUCGACAGCUCACAAAGAAGAAUGUCACGUUUCACUGGGAUCACAGUCACGAGAAAGCAUUUCAGUCACUGAAGAAUGCCAUCACCACUUCACCGGUAUUAGCUCAUUACAAUCUUACUGCGGAAACUAAAGUCGUAGUAGAUGCAUCGCCAUGGGCACUGGGUGCCGUACUUCUCCAGAAACAAGCCGACGACAAUUAUCGACCAAUCGCGUAUGGUAGCAGAUCGCUAACAGAUGUCGAACAGAAGUAUGGUCACAUAGAGAAAGAAGGAUUAGCAAUCGUAUUCGGAUGUGAACACUUUCACAUGUACCUAUAUGGACGUAGUUUUGAAUUGGAGAUAGCCUGAUAACAGACCUACGUUUCACCCGCCCUAAAAUUCGUCGACGGAAAGGGCGAAACGUAGGUCUGAUGAAAAUGUUGUCAAAAGCGCCUUCCGCCCACUUAGUGCAUUUUGAAAUAAUUAACAACGAUGAUUGACACAUACAUGUAAUACCUAAAAAUACAAUGAAAGUUGUCGAUUCACUUUAGACUUUAUUGCAAGUUUGUAAACUAGUCAAGGGUCGAUAUUCGAAUAUUUAAAAUAUUGGUAACCCCAUGGAGCCCGUUGCUUUUAUAUACAUAAACCUUUGUAAAUAAACAGUUACAGCUAUAGUAAUAAUACAACAUUUUCAACACAUUCUAUAAAUGCGAUAAAAUCUGCCUACGGAAAUUUGGCAAUGGCCAUUGUUGAAUUGCAUCCCAACUCUUACAAUUUAUACAUUUUGAAAUCGCCAUACAAUGGUAAAAUCUAAAUAAAAUAUUUUGUACGUGCUAUGUUAUCAAAAUGUAAAUCAUGAAUGCGCACAUAUUUGUAUCCGAGUUUUACUAUGAUUAAUCACAAAACUUAGAUCUUGUAUAAAAAAUUAUAUAUUGUAUUGUUUAUUACAACGGAAAGAUACAAUGUUGAAGAAUUUGACACGUACCGCUCUACUCCCCUCUAGUUUUAAUUUUAGACGGUAGAUAGUUGCCGUUCGGCAUCACAAAAUAUGUAGAAUAUUACACUAGCCGUUUUCUCAUUAGAAGACGGACAAGUCGUCUAGACGAACAAAUCGUCUCAAAAUCGUCUUUUAGUCGGACAAAUCAUCAGAUGUGAAAACGUGUCGGACAAAAUUUUAGACGAACAAGUCGUCUGAAUUUGUUCGACUACUUGUCCGUCUGUGAAGACGAUUUUUGAGAGACGAUUUGUUCGUCUAGACGACUUGUCCGUCUCUAAUGUGAAUAGGGCUACUGUAUGCAUAUUUAUAUGCGUUGAUUUACCGUUGAAAAUAUUCUGAUAUUUUCAAAUCUUUUCAUGUUAGCGACCAACCAAUCACAACCCAUUUCCCUGUGAAUUAGCCAAUCAGCUUUGUUGACCGCCAGGCGGUCGACUUACAUGCCUUUUUGACAACAUUUUCAUCAGACCUACGUUUCGCCCUUCGUCGACCCGCGAAUUUUAGGGCGGGCGAAACGUAGGUCUGUUAUCAGGCUAAAUUGGAGACAGAUCACCGACCUUUAGAGCAUAUCUACAAGGCAAAGCUUCAAAGCAAACCAACAUCAGCCAGACUCGGAAGAUGGAGACUUCGACUCCAAGAGUACGACUUCCACGUUAUCUACCGACCUGGCCCAUCCAAUCAGGCCGAUCCUUUGUCCCGACUCCCGAAAGAUGGAAGCAAGAGGAGCAACAUGGAAGCUUGCGCUGACCGAUAUGUUCAUUACAUGACACAAGCUCAGACACCGAAUGCCAUGAAAUUAGAAGAAAUACAAAGAGAAACAUUAGCAGAUCCGGAACUCCAGCAGAUUAAACAGAACUUGCAAAAUAAUCAAGUAUACAAACUUCCGAAAGCAUAUAAGCUCAUCGCUCAUGAGCUCUGCAUCACAGAUCAAGAUAUCUUACUUCAGUGUGAUCGCAUUGUUCUUCCUAACAAGCUGAGACAACAAGCAAUUAGCCUUGCACACGAGGAUCAUGCAGGCAUGGUCCGCUGCAAACAACGCCUGCGCUCCAAGCUUUGGUGCCCAGAGAUGGACAAGCAGUUUGAAGAACGAAUUCGAUGCUGUCAUCCAUGUCAACUUGUCAGUAAGAGCCCGCGACCAGAGCCAAUGGAACCAACCAAGCUUCCUAAGAAACCAUGGUCGAAGCUAGCCAUAGAUGUAUGUGGACCAUUUCCCACUGGAGAACAAGUAGUUGUCCUUACUGACUAUUAUUCGCGCUGGCCAGAAGUCAAAAUCAGUCACGUCCAAAAACAUUCUCGACUGGUUACUAUCGGUAUUUGCAACUCACGGAUUUCGUGAUGAAAUAAAGUCCGACAACGCAUCCUACUUUGUUUCUACCGAGUUCAAGGAUACGUUAACUUCUUGGGGAAUAGAACAUACGACGGUGACGGAAUAUUGGCCGCAAGCCAAUGGGCAAGUUGAGAGAUUUAAUCAAGUUCUCGAGAAACACAUCCUAACCGCACAGGCGGAAGGAAAAGAAUGGAAACCCACCAUUCCAAUCAUGCUACUCCACUACCGCAAUACUCCUCAUAGAAUGACCGGAAGAACACCUUCAUCACUGCUAAUGAACCGAGAAGUCAAGACGAAACUUCCUAGUUUUGAACAACAGACAAACGAUGAAACUGAAACUCGAAAGAAAGAUGAAGAGGAGAAAGAGAAAUCGAAGAAAUAUACCGACAAGAAGCGAAAAGCAAGUCCAAGAAAUCUUGAAGUCGGAAAUAAAGUACUAGUUACUCAAAAACAUCGAAACAAAUUUACGACAAAGUUUCAUCCUGAUCCAAUGGUAAUCACCAAAAUAAACGGCACGCAGAUAGUGUUAAAAGACAAGAAUGGCACACAACAUCGCAGAAACUCAUCGCAUGUCAAAUUAUACCAGGAAAUUCCUGAUCCUGAAGAAGAAAUCCAGAGUGAUCGAAAGCAUGACAGACAAACGGAAAUUCGCGAAGGAAACACCGAAGCAACUCAAACAGAAACCAACCAGAGUACUACAGAAGCGGAAAUUGUUCUACGUAGAUCAACGAGAAAUAGAAAACAACCAGACUAUCUAAAAGUAGGUUAA